AUCUAUAUUCUUUGCUUGUCGAUAAAUUAAAAUUUUGUCAGUAUAAUUACAAAUAAAUUAUUUUCUAUUGAUGUUUAUAGCUGUUUCAUCAUUAUAGAGUUCUUCUUCUUUAUCAUGACUAUGAUUAUUUUCGCUGCAUGUGGUAACUUAACAGUUUGAUUCCUGUAAUUCAAAUGUACUAUAUCAUAGUCUCCAGAUAAUUCAUAAAAAUAUAAUCUUUAAUACUACAUAUAUUUCAUUAACUCAGUUGUAGACAUAAUUUAUGACACAUGAAAUACUGUAACAAGAAAGUCGAGACAAAAAUUUAUUCUCAUUCAUUAUAGAUCAUAAGAGACAUAGAAAUAUAUUGCAUGUAUUUAUAAAUGAAUAAGAACAAGUCUCUAGACGAAGUCAAAAGUUCAAACAAACGUCUUAUCUUGCGCAAGUCAUUUCUUAGCUAUAAGAUAAAAACAAACGUAUUUUCAGAUUUCUCUUAUGAUUCAUUAGAUUAUUUCAAUAUUUUGCAUAAUUCUUAAAAAUUAUACAAAACACACAUACUCAUUAUCUCAAUCGAAACAUGCUCUAGAUAAAUUAUAACUAAUCUAUUCAUGAAUCUCAAUACUUAGAAAAUUUUGGAUUCAAAGCAAAAAAGAACGUCAUCAAGUUUUCUAUAGAAUAAAAAUGUAGACAGACAAGGAUACUAUCAUAUUCAAAUACUAUUUUGAUAACUUCAUUACCUAUAAUUUAAUUCUUCAUAUUUAAUUAAGUUUCCAGUAAUCAGAUUAGAAUAAUUUACAUUAGAAAUGACAAAUUUCUUUGUAUUCGAAUAGAUCGAAAAAGUUCUCGAAUCUUUACGUAUUGAUGACAAUGUUCUCCGACAAAUUAUGCAAUUACUUGAACGAGAAAUUGAUGCUGGUCUUUCUCCAGCUACACAUCCAACAGCUGAUGUUAAAAUGUUUCCAACCUAUGUUCGAAAUACAGCUGAUGGUUCAGAAAGUGGUCAAGUACUUGCAUUAGAUUUAGGUGGUACUAAUUUUCGUGUAUUACUUGUUGAUUUAAAACCACCAUCCGAUCCUGGAUUAACUUCAAAAAUAUUUGUUAUUCCACAAUCGAUUAUGCUUGGUGAAGGAGCUAAUUUAUUUCGUCAUCUUGCUGAUUGUCUAUUGGAUUUUAUGAAUAGAGAAAAACUGAAUAAACCUGGCGUUCGUUAUCCAUUAGGUUUUACUUUUUCAUUUCCUUGUAAACAAGAAGGUCUUGCAUCAGCACGAUUAUCAUCAUGGACAAAAGGUUUUACAUGUUCAGGUGUUGUUAAUGAAGAUGUUGUUAAACUACUCCAAACAGCAAUUGAUGAAAAAGGUAUUAAUGUGCAAUGUGUAGCUCUUGUUAAUGAUACUGUCGGCACAUUAAUGGCAUGUGCAUAUAAAGAUCCUUAUACUGAAAUAGGUCUUAUAUUAGGUACAGGUACAAAUGCAUGUUAUGUAGAAAAAUUAGAUCGAGUUGGUACAUGGGAUGGAGAUUAUAAUGAACCAAAACAAGUUAUAAUUAAUAUGGAAUGGGGAGCAUUUGGUAAUAAUAGUCGUUUAAAUCAUAUUCGAACGAAAUAUGAUGAAGAAGUUGAUCUUUCAUCAGUUAAUCCAGGCAAACAGAUUUUUGAAAAAAUGAUUAGUGGAAUGUAUAUGGGUGAAAUAGUUCGGUUAAUUAUAAUUGAUUUAAUGCAACUAGAUUUAUUAUUUAUUGGUCAUCGGGAAGGUUAUGCUGAUUAUAGUACACCAUUAUUUACACGUGGAGGAUUUUAUACAAAAUAUGUUAGUACUGUUGAAAUCGAUGAAGGUAUAGGAUUUUCAAAUACAAGACGUGUUCUUGAAGAUAUUGGUAUAAGGAAUCCAACGUAUGAUGAUUGUGCCAUUGUACAACAUAUUUGUAAAAAUGUUUCACGACGAGCAGCUCGUUUAGCUGGUGCAGGUCUUGCUGUACUCAUCAAUCGUAUUAAUAAACCAAAAGUUACUGUUGGUGUUGAUGGUUCAGUUUAUCGUUAUCAUCCAAGAUUUGGACGAAAUAUGGAAAAAUGUAUGCAAGUAUUAGUGAAUAAGAAUAUUAAGUUUGCACUUAAACUAGCAGAUGAUGGUUCGGGUAUUGGUGCUGCGUUGACGUUUCAAUUAAGUGUAUCAGAUGAUGGUAGUGGUAAAGGAGCAGGAUUAAUUGCAGUAGUUGCUGAACGCUAUUUAAAAAGAAUUUCACAAUGGAAUGAUAAUAACCAGAAAAGAACUCGUUAA